AUGUCCUGGGCGAGCUUGGCAGUGCUCCCCACACACCUGCAGCUCCGGCGAGCGCUGACCACCGCGGUGCAGCCGCUGCAGCACAGGGGGAGCUUCUCACGGCAGCUGCAGCACGGCUGGAAAUUGGACCUAUGCAGAAAGGAGGUCUCCCCUGAAGCUCCUCGAAAGCAGCUGGCCCAAGAGGCCAGAGCCAGCCCUGCCUCCCUGGCGCCAUCGGCCCCGAGCCCCUUAGCCAAGAGGUGCCACACGCUGGAUUCGGAAAAACGGAGAGAAGCCGCGUGGGUGUCCCCGAGACCUUGUCCCAGACACCAGGAGCACGAAAGCCACCAGAAUGGAAUAGAUUGUUCCGCCCGGUUUUCACCUGAGCGGAUUUACCGCGCCUGGCGUGCACCCACACAGAUGCAAAUUGCCGUGGACAUCCAGCACACCGAGGAGUUCCUCAUCAAGCCCGAGUCCCGCGUGGCCCAGCUCGACACGUCCCAGUGGCCGCUGCUGCUCAAGAACUUUGACAAGUUAAACGUGUUGACUGCACACUACACUCCCCUGCCUUCUGGUGCUAAUCCCCUCAAGAGAGAGAUCUCUGACUAUGUUAGGUCAGGCUUUAUUAACCUCGACAAACCUUCCAAUCCAUCUUCCCAUGAGGUGGUUGCGUGGAUCCGCCGCAUCCUUCGCGUGGAGAAGACCGGACACAGCGGCACCCUGGACCCUAAGGUGACUGGGUGCCUCAUUGUGUGCAUUGAGAGGGCCACCCGGCUGGUCAAAUCCCAGCAGAGUGCAGGCAAAGAGUAUGUGGGAAUUGUUCGGCUGCACAAUGCCAUUGAGAGUGAGGCCCAGCUGGCCAGGGCCAUAGAAACGCUGACAGGAGCCCUGUUUCAAAGACCACCCCUCAUCGCUGCUGUGAAGAGACAGCUGAGAGUCAGAACCAUCUAUGAAAGCAAACUAGUGGAGUACGACCCAGAGAGAAGAUUAGGUAUUUUCUGGGUGAGCUGCGAAGCAGGCACGUACAUCCGAACACUCUGUGUUCACCUUGGCUUGCUGCUCGGGGUUGGAGGACAGAUGCAAGAGCUCCGGAGAGUGCGCUCAGGGAUCCUGGGAGAGAAGGACAACAUGGUGACUAUGCACGAUGUCCUGGACGCGCAGUGGCAAUAUGACAACAACAAGGAUGACAGCUACCUGCGAAGGGUUAUCCUGCCCCUGGAGAAGCUGCUGACUUCACACAAGCGGCUCGUUAUGAAAGACAGUGCAGUUAAUGCCAUUUGCUACGGAGCCAAGAUCAUGUUGCCUGGUGUCCUGAGGUAUGAAGAUGGCAUCGAGCUUAAUCAGGAGAUUGUCGUCAUCACCACAAAAGGAGAAGCCAUAUGCCUGGCAAUCGCCUUGAUGACCACGGCAGUCAUUUCUACUUGCGACCAUGGAGUAGUGGCGAAGAUCAAGAGAGUGAUCAUGGAGAGAGACACGUAUCCCCGCAAAUGGGGCCUUGGUCCCAAGGCCAGCCAGAAGAAGAUGAUGAUCCAGAAGGGUCUGCUGGACAAGCACGGGAAGCCCAAUGAGAACACGCCGGAUUCGUGGAAGAAGGAGUACGUGGAUUACAGGGAUACUGUCAAGAAAGAGGAAGCAGCAGCGCCCCGGUCUAUCUCGGAGCCGGAGAGGGUUCCAAAGAGGAAACGAGAGUCGGACAGUGAGAGCGAGGAGUGCGCGGCCCCGCCGUCCCCUGCCACCCCCCCGCCAGACGAGACGAGCAAAAAGGAAAAGAAAAAGAAGAAGAAAGACAAGAAGGUCAAAGAGGCUGCUGAGAGUGGAGAAGAGCCAAUGGAAGUGGCCUGUGAGAGCAGCACCAAGAAGAAGAAGAAAAAGAAACAAAAAGUAGAAGAGAGCUCUGAAUAAGCGACUGGAUGUGUCCAAAACAGGCGACCUCGUCAGUGGGGAGGGAGGAGUCUGAGGCCUUGACAAAAAAGGACUG